AGCAAGGUCUCAAUAAACCUGUUUUUUUUCUCUCCCAAUGGCAGGCGAUGAAGCCACACCGCCUCCCCCACCUAAAAGAAUCGAACCAGAUUCUCCGUUUUAUCUAGGUAGUCAAGACCGACCGGGUGAUUUCAUCACUCCAACGAGACUCCGUAAUCAUAACUAUAAUGAACGGGCUAGUGAUAUUCAAACCGCAUUAGAAGCAAGGCGAAAAUUCGGGUUCCUGGACGGCACCAUCACGGCUCCAAUCUCACCAUGCACUCAAUCGGAUUGGACAGCAAUCAAUGCCAUGCUCGUUUCUUGGAUUACCAACACUAUUGAUCCUGAGGUAAAAUCUCAAUUAACAAAAUAUAGAGAGCCCAAACGCUUAUGGGAUCAUCUUAAACCUCGUUUUUCAGUUGUUAAUGGUCAUAGAAUUCAACAACUUAAAUCAUCUAUUGCUCGUUGUGAACAAACAAAGUCUAUGUCGGUCUAUCAAUAUUAUGAGAAACUUAAUGCAUUAUGGGAGGACUUAAGUAAUCUUGAACCUAUUAUUUCUUGUACGUGUUGUUCUAAUUGUUCUGCUGCAGAAAAGCACGUUCAAAAACGUGAAACGGCUAAACUUCAUGAAUUUUUGAUGGGUCUCUAUUCUCCUUAUUAUUCUCAACAACGUACCAAUAUUUUGUCUCAAGAUCCGCUUCCCUCUCUUGAUCGAGCAUAUCAAUUGGUCACACAAGAUGAACGUGUCCGACAAGCCAAACCCAUGGUAGAGGACAACCCCCCCGAGGUCACUGCUUUUUCUGUUCGUGCAACCCCUAACACGGAGAAGGUACGGGCCGGCACUGGUGAGGUUCCUUUUUGCACGAAUUGUCAAAAACAAGGCCAUGAUAUUUCAUCUUGUUGGGUUUUAAAUCCUUGUAUCCAUUGUAAAAAACAUAGUCAUGCAAGUGAAAAUUGUUAUGAGAUUGUGGGCUACCCAGAGAAUCUAAAAACAUCCGGCCCAAAUCGUGGGCGUGGUGGCAGAUCAACCCGUGGGCGUGGCAGGGGAUCUAGGCCUGGAAAUCGCAGCCCAAUCCACACUAACACUGCCCCCACUCACAUCAAUAAUGCUGCCUAUGUUUCUGGGCAAACAUCAAACACGCACACUUCUUGUGCAAUGGGCUAGGAACCUUUGGUGGAUCAGACCCAACAAUUAUUUACCCCUGAACAAUGGAAGGCCAUAGCAGGCCUAUUUGGCAGCACACCUGUUCCGGAUCAUCGACUUAAUGGACCGAACGGGGGAGGUGAUUGGAACGGGAGUUAGACGAGAUGGACUUUACUACUUCGGAGAAGCUGACUCGAUGCAACAUGUUUUGGUAAAUGGAGCAACAUCAACAUUGAAGUUGUGGCACAAAAGGAUGGGGCACCCCUCAGAAAAAGUAGUAAAGUUACUUUCUCCGAUAAUUGAUCUUAAGGGUAGUUUAAAUAAAGCUUGUGAAGUCUGUUUUCGGGCUAAACAUUCUAGAGACAAAUUUCCUAUUAGUGAUAAUAAAGCUAGUCGUAUUUUUGAGAAAAUUCACUGUGAUUUGUGGGGACCAUAUAGACAUGCCUCUUCCUGUGGAGCUCGUUAUUUUUUGACAAUAGUUGAUGAUUUUUCUAGAGCAGUUUGGGUACAUUUGUUGGAUGAUAAAACAAAAGUGUUUCGUAUUUUUAUGAAUUUCAGUGCCAU